AUGCGACAACAACAAUCCAUACAUGCUUCAUUUGAGAAACAAUUUAAUCAAGAUAAGCAUGGGUAUCAAAUCCGCUUAGCAGCUUCAAUUGAUGUAGUAAGACUUCUUGUAAAACAAGGCUUGGCAUUUCGAGGUCAUGAUGAAUCUAAAUUAUCACUUAACAGAGGUAAUUUUCUUGAGAUUCUUUCAUUUUAUGCCCAAAAGUGUGAUGAAGUUCAUAAGUUUGUAUUGGAAAAUGCUCCUCAAAAUGACCAAAUGACUUGUCCAAAAAUUCAAAAAGAUUUUGUAAUUGCUUUCAAGAUUGAAACAAUUAAGGGCAUCAUAAAGGAACUAAAUGGUGAUUAUUUUUCCUUAUUGGUUGAUGAAUCUUUUGAUGUUUCACGCAAGGAGCAAAUGGCGGUUGUUUUACGAUAUGUUGAUAGAAGAGGAUUUGUGAUGGAGAGACUUCUUGACAUUGUUCAUGUUAAAAAUACUAGUGCUUUAUCUCUAAAAGAAGCAAUUGUCAAUUUACUUUCUCAACAUUCCUUGAGUCUAUCUUAUGUGCGUGGACAAUGCUAUGAAGGAGCAAGUAAUAUGCAAGGUGAUAUCAAUAGCCUUAAGAUGUUGAUUAAGAAAGAAAGUAGAUCGGAUUAUUCCAUACAUUGUUUUGCUCAUCAACUUCAAUUAACUCUUGUUGGUGUUUCUAAAAGAUGUCUUCAAGUUGGAGAACUUGUUCAUUUGGUUUCAAAUAUUUUUAAUGUUUUGGCGGCUUCUUAUAAACGUAUGGAUGAUUAUCGAGAAUCUCAAAAAAAAAAAAUCAAGAAGCUUUUGAUAUGGUUUGGUACAAUUAUGGACAUUCUUGAUAAUAUUGUUGAAACUGCACAUUCUGUGGAUGAAAGAUCCAGGACAACACGAUAUAUCAGAAUUGCUCAAACUUAUGAGGAGCAAGACAUUGCAAAUGCCAUGCUACUUGUUAAAGUGGCCAAGAGAAGGCUACAGGAGUUGAGGGAAAAUGAAAGAUGGGAUUUAUUUGUUGUUGAGGUUUCUACAUUUUGUAUCAAGUAUAAUAUUGUGGUGCCUAGUUUUGAUGAGCCGUAUGUUAAUUCUGGAAGAUCACGGCGUAAAUCUGCUGAUUAUACUGUUUUUCAUCAUUAUCGUGUUGAAGUAUUUUGUAAAAUAAUUGAUUGGCAAUUGCAAGAACUCAAUGAUCGUUUUGAUGAGGUAACAACCGAGUUGCUUUAUGGAGUUGCUUGUUUGAAUCCGGUAGACUCAUUUUCAAGUUUUGAUAUCCAGAAAAUAAUGAGAAUGGCUGAAUUAUAUCUUGAUGACUUUGAUGAACUUAGCAUGUGUGCACUUGAGAAUCAACUAGCAAAUUACAUUAUUGAUGUCUGUGAUAUCGAUAAAAGGUUCUCUGAUUUACAUGGGCUUUGUGAUCUUUCAAAAAGAUUGGUUCAGACAAAAAAACAUUCAUGUUAUCCUCUUGUAUUUCGUUUGGUGAAAUUCGCUUUGCUUUUGCCAGUUGCCACUGCAUCCGUUGAAAGAGCUUUUUCGGGAAUGAAAUUUAUUAAGAAUGAAUUGCGAAGUCGAAUGAAUGAUGACUUCUUGAGCGGUUGCAUGGUUCCUUUUAUGGAGAAGGAUGUGUUUAAGGAUGUUUCAACGGAUGAUAUUAUUUUGUCUUUUCAAGCAAUGAAACCUCGUCGAAUAGUAUUAUUUAACGUUGCAGCAGCUGGUUGUUUACCGGAGUUGGAGUCUGGAGCUUCGAGUUUUGUUUGUCGUCAUUCUGGCGUGGUCACGGUUUGCUGGAGCUUAGAGCUCAUGCAGGAAAUGACUGAGCUUCGAGUUCAUCGUUAA